AUGACGAGACCAUGCCGCUGCUUCGCCGUGGGGGUCCUACUACUAGCCUGUCUGCCAUCAUCUGCCUUCAUCGUCCCGACGAGGACUCCGAUACGCUUGGGUCGAAAGCACCCGAUACCGUCCACGGUGCUUCGUCGCUAUUAUCAGAAUGGCAAUGGAGCUGACGUACCCCCCAAAAUCAUUCUCCCAGCCGAAGACAAAGACGACAAAACUGUCCCUGUACAUACACCACCACCAGCAGCGGAAAGUCAACUGAUACAACAGCCACCAAAAACCGAGCCACAAGACCGAGCCAUUGUCCUGCCUCCUUUUGUAGCAGCUGGCAAGAAAGACAAAAGCGGUGCUUCCAAAAAUGUUCUCAGUAGGGUUAAGGCUAGAAUAAGGAAACUGCGUCCCGCCACCAAGUUUCGUGUUGGAUUGGGCUUGGCAGCCCUGGUGAGCCUGUCUUUGACCAGCCUAUUCCGAGCACGAUGGCUUUCAUUGGUCACCCGAUGGGUUAGCCAUCGAGGAUUCCAAGGACUCUCUGCUUUGGGGAGAACCAUUGCCUUUGCCUGGGGCGCUCUGGUCGCAUACCCAAGGCUCCUCGACCGACGAGCCGCAGAACGCAAACAACGGGACCGAGAAAAGGCUCUAGACCGACGAAGGAAUGAACUCUAUCAGUUGGCUGCCGAGGUUUCGCGACUGCGGCAAGAACUAUCUAGUAUCGAUGCCGAAAUUCGAUCUUUUCGGAGGGAAGUGAUAUCCCUCAAGGCGCUGGCGAGUAGCAGUGUCAAUGCUUCUUCCGAAGACAGCAAUGGUAUCCAAGAAGCCAUUACCGCUGAGAUGGCGCAUUUGGCACAAUUGCGAUCUGACACACAAGCGGCAUUGUCGGCUGCUCGGCAAACCUGGGCUGAAGCACGAGCCUCCAGUCCACCCGAUGCAUGGCCUGGUAGUGUGCCACCUCUAUUGUCAAGCAGAAAGUAG